CUGAUGAGACACCUGUGAGCGGCUUUUGUCACUGUCAUCUGCAGCUUGUAGGUGUGGAAAGCUAGAGGCAAGGUCUUUUUCUACAGAAGUCUGUCUGCACAUACUCAAUCUCAGCACUGCGCGCAGUGAACCAGCACCAUGCUCCUCUUCACUCUGCUGAUACUUGUUGUCCAAACUGUAACAUGCUCAGAAGUGCACAGCCGCCAGAAACGAGACUGGAUCAUCGACUCCUACGAGAUGGAAGAGGGACACCCGGGGCCCUUUCCUUACUCGUUGGGCAAGGUGGACCUUAACAGCAAAUAUCAAGUGUUUUUCGACCUGCAUGGCGAAGGGGUGGACAAGGAACCAAAGGACGUUUUUUUCAUUGAAAAGAACAGCGGUGAAAUUUUUGUGAAAAAGGCCGUGGACUACGAGAAGCACAAAGUACUCAAGCUAACCUUUGAAGCCAAGAAGUCAUUAGACUUUACUGUUGACACUCGACUGGGAAUUGAGAUUAUAAUUCAUGACAUCAACGACAACCCCCCAGUCUUUGAAAAAUCUCUCUAUGAGAUUACAGUAGAUGAGGAUGCCUCCCAAGGUUCCCAUAUCCACACUGUGCUGGCCUAUGAUGAAGAUAAGAGUGGAACCCCCAACUCAACUUUCCACUACGCCAUCAAAUCAGUUUCCCCAGAAACUUCAAACAUUGAAUUCUUCAUCAAAGAGACUGGAGCACUGUAUUUUAAAGGCUGUUUUGAUCAUGAGGUGGCCAGCAGGUAUACGUUGCUGGUAGAAGCCAUAGACCAUGGGGAGGUUGUCCGCUUGUCCAGUUCGACCACAGUUAUUGUCAAUGUAGAGGACGGUAACAACCACCUUCCAGUCUUCACAGGUCAAACGGGCUCCGGCAAAGUGAAAGAAAGGGAGACUGGGUUCUCUCCUCUGCGUCUCCAUGUGACAGACGAAGACGUGUUUCAGAGCAAAGCCUGGAGAGCGAGAUAUAGCAUUCAAGGAGAUGAGGAAGGACACUUCAAGAUAGAGACUGAUACAAAGACCAACGAUGGAGUUCUGACUGUUGUUAAGGGUUUAGACUUUAAAAAAGGACCAAAAAGAGAGCUGAAGAUCUUUGUUAAAAACGAGGCUGAAUUUUUCUCCUGUAAAGUGAAGAGCCGGCCAUCCACAGGCCUCUGGAAUGUUGACAUAACUAAUGAGCAAAGUGGUGGUGGGGAAAUCCCCUACAAUGCCAAAGAAGUCGUCAUUGAGGUAUUGGAUGUGAACGAUCCCCCUGAGUUUGACGUGACUGUCAAAGAGGCCUCGGUGAAGGAGGACGCACCGAUCGGAACCUGGGUGGAGAAAGUGACCGCUGUGGAUCCAGACAACACUACUUCAAGAGACUUUAUUUACAAAAUAGGGCAUGAUCCUGCUGGCUGGAUGAAGAUCGAUGCCCAGACUGGGAACAUCACUACUAAAAAGUUGGUGGACAGAGAAUCCAGCCACGUUGUCAACAACAUCUACACCUUGAUAGUGCAAGCAGUGGAUAAUGGGAAGCCACCAAUGACAGGGACAGCCACGCUGCAUAUUCACCUCAUUGACGUGAAUGAUAAUGUGCCACAACUUGAUAUGAACAAUCUGGAAAUCUGCUUGUCUGAUGGGCAGACUACCAGCAACAUCUCAGCCACUGAUCUAGAUGAGACUCCCUACGGAGGGCCUUUCACCUUUGAGCUUGUUGGGGAUGUCAGGGGAAAAUGGAAACUGGAUCCAUCUUAUGGUUUCACAGCUGGCUUGGUGAGGGAUUCCAGAGUGUAUGCUGGUGUCUACUCUCUGAAAGUAAAAGUUUCAGACAUGCAGGGACAGUACGGCAUUUACAGGCUGACCACAACUGUAUGCUCUUGCUCUGUGGCUCGCAACUGCCGCAAUCGGAGUGCUCCAACAUUUAACGCGGGAGGAGCAGUUGGCAUCGCACUGCUCUCGUUACUUUUGUUUGCAGUUGCUCUUCUGGCUGCAAUUAGCUUCUCUUGCAAAGAGAAUUUCACUGACAUGGAUACGGUUUCUCCUGUGGGAAACAUACAGAAUUCAAACAUUGAGAACCCAGGGACUGACUGCAAGGUACCAAAUAACCCUUCAACAUCAGAUGGUCAGACGAACAAAAAUUCAUUGAAGACUGAAAAGAAGUGGGACUGGACUAAGAGUGUGUAUUUCAACGAUACUAAUGUGUCCUUAUUACACAACCAGUCAGAGGAUUACAGGAGGAAAUAUUACUGGAACUGGAGCAAGAUAGCAAAAAGUAUCCAUUCAACCUCAGAUGGUCAGAGAAACAAUUCAUUGAAGACUGAAGAGAAGGUGGACUGGAUGCAGAAUAAGUAUAUCAACUAUAGAAAAUGGGAAUUCUACAAGUACAGACAACAGUUGCUGGAGGAAUGGAUGCCCUCUCAGAUUCAUUUGAAAGUGCGCUCAUUCCAGGAAACUGAAGACGAUCUACCGGAAUAUAAACCUCACAUCUACGCAGAAGAGGGAGACGCCGACAUCGUCUCAGAUCUUGAUAGCAUUAUCAUUCCUGAUAAUGCUUCAUUUGAUGAACUUGAGGAUUUAGGCCUAGAGUUUCAGGAACUGGCCUCCAUUUGCAUGUCAGCACAAAUGCAGAUCAAGAGCAAAAAUACCAAAACUAUCUAUAUGCAUCAUGGCAUUUAAUGGCAAAUGUUGUACAUUUCUUGAUUUAAUCUUACAAGAAGCAAAAAAAAAAGGAAAAAAGAAAAAAAAAAGUUCUUACAAAAAUGUUUAAGAGUUACAAAUUAGAAGUUAAGUGCACAGUUCAAUACACUUAAGUUAAAUACUGCCUUGAUCCAGACAAUAUUACAACUGCUGGAUUAGAAAAAACAAAAAAGCCUCCCAUUUCAUAAGCAUUUCAGCUCUUAAAAAAAAAAAAAAAAAAGUUGCUAAAGUUAGGGAGAUUCAUUUAAAGUAUAACAAUACUAUAAUUACAGUAGCAAUAACAAAAAGUGUUCACACUCUUCCAUUCCCAAUCUUUGGGAGGUUGCGCUGCUCUGCAGACCCUUCUGCUUUGCGCCCACGUCCGAGUCCUCUGCUUCUUAGGAAGCGACCAGGCACUCCAAAGGUUUCCAUAUUUAGCUUUUUUUCCUCUGCCCAGGUGGUUCUCCUAUGAAGGACAGUGAACAUGAAGAAUCAGAACCAAAAGCUGGUACAAAUGCAGAUUAACAACCACAGUUACCUGGGUUUAGGAUCUGAUGAAAUGUUGUCGAAGAAGCAUUUAGAUUUAUUGUAGUACUUCUCUGCAAGGGUUUCCCCCUCUUUCACAUCCGCCACGUCUUGUGCUUCCUCAACGUCCAGCUUGUCGACUGUAUAUAUAAAAAAAAUAUAUAUAUAAAUCGUUCUCCAGUAUCCAGUUAUAAAAAUCUGACACAUGACUCAUCUUUCAUCUACCUGUUGCCUCCUUUGUGAGAUGAUCCCUAAACUCAGCAUUUGCAGUUUCAAAGUCAAAAUCUGCCUCAAACUCCAAAGAUGCGACUUUGGAGUUUUUUGCCAAGAGCUGACCUCGACUUCUGGUUCUGGAUCUGCGAUUGGCUGAAAAUAACCAUCAGAGCCAGUUCAAGUAUGAAAGAGUUAAACUGAUUGAGUGGAAUAUGCAUUUUUUACUAAGUUUUUCCUCACACUUUGUGGGAAAGCCCUGAAAACAAUUACUAUGCCUUUUUUAUUUAAAUGAGUUUCAUCUUCAAGCAUUAAAUAAAACCACCUUGUUUUUGUCUUGCCUUCUGUCUGUCAGCACCUUGGCCUUGUAUCUUAGCCUCAGCUGAUUGUGAUAUUGCUCGACCUGAGAAGAAAAUAAAAUAAAAAUACAGUUAUGUUUGACUCCAAAA